AUGGCCAAAAUUAUCCUGCUCAUACUCAUUAGCAGUGUCUUCAUGUGCACUCCCUUACUCCUAGCAGGUCUCUUUGGAUUAAAGCCUCCGUAUCCCAUGUAUGAGCUCGAAGAUGACUCCCAUGAUUUCACAGAGCCAGAUCUAGACUAUCUGGAGACCAUAGGCUAUGACCGAAAGGAAGUCUCCCAACUACACUUCAUGGACGACCAAGCUAGCGAACAGUUAGCUACACUCAGUCUCUAUACAAAGCUGGGAGUCCUGAAAGCCUGGGAUCCAGAGACAAAGACCCCGGUGGAGUGUAAUAUUACGCAAACAAAUGUGGAACUCUCCAAGCUACUGAACGACAUGAAGAGCAUCAUUCAGCAGCGACGUCGCUGUCUUCGAGAUCAACUUGAAGAAAAGUCGCCAAAGCAUGUCCGCUGUUUCGUGGCGCUGGAUCUUGUCGCUGGAGAGUUGACACUGGAAGUUGCCCAACUAAAUAUCUUGAUGGAGCAACUUGUCGUUUACAUGACCUAG